GCUUCCUCCAGGCGCAGCGACGAUGAGGGCGACGAGGAUGAGCCCCAGGGGGGCGGGAAGAAGGACGCCAAGGCCGAUGGCAAACGCACUCGCCAAGCCCCGACCUGGCCCACGUUCGACAAGCGGAUGCGCCCCGCGGAGUUUAAUUCCACGAAGAGGGACCUGCAGGCACGGCUGAAGGACGAGAUCAAGCACAUCAGGUACAGCAAGGCCUCGCACUAUGUGAAGCCUGAUAAGAUAUUCGCCUUGGUGAAGGACGAUGGUGACGUGUCCACCUACGAGUACGAGGCCAAGCGGAAGGCGCUGAUCGACGAUGUUGAUGCUCUCUCGCAGCAGGUCGAGACUGUCAAAUCGUGGAGGCAAUCGCCAGACAGUAACGCGGCGAAGGGCAAGCUCGUGGACAAGCUCAACGACGUGAUCAAGCUUUCCAAGAACAUGGAGGAGCUCAUCGCAGGCAUGACGGAGGUGAGGAAGCAGCAGCAGGGAGAUGAAUCCAAGGUCAAGCGUAAGGAGACGUCCGCCAUCAACAAGCACAAGGCGUCCUUCCUGCACGAGGGGGUGUGCGAGGUGCUGGCCGCAGAGUUCGCCAAGUCCGCGCGCUCGAUCGACUCGGACUGCCGCUCUUCUCACAUCCAGUUGUUGUUCCCUGGCAUUCUCCAGCCGCUCAGCCCUUCCGAGGAGUGUGCCAUGGUCAGCUGGCAGAAGGAGGCGAUCCCCAAGGAGCGAGUUCCCUUCCUCUUCGACUUGGCAGGCGAUUGUCCGCUCGCAGGGCCGAUUGGGAAAGUCGUGGGGUCCAACGCAGACAAGAUCGCCGCAAAGGCCAAGAAGGUCCAUGCGCUGAUGAAGAACGAUGCUGCCAUGAUUGCCCUGGGCGGCCUGAGCGGAGCUGGCGAGCUCAUUGUCGACGCCGACAAGCCCAUCGUCGUGGCCGUGCAAUCGGCGGCGCUCAUCAAGACGGCGCCUGUCAACGACCUCUUAGGCUCGGGGCUCACGGCCCUCAGCGCGUUGCAGCAGUGGGCCAAAGCGAACAACAAGGGCGAGAGCGCGGAGUGCAUGAAGGACGCGGUGACUGCAGUCGUGCCAGUGGGGUCUGCCGUAUUUGCGCCGUUCGGUCACGUCCCGUUCGUGACAGGGGUUCCCAAGGACGACAAGAGCGAGGAGGUUGCGACGGCGAUGCUCGUGUUCCCUCUGUUCCCGAGAGCCAUUGACCGCUCCGAGGGGGAGAAGGACUGGCAGGUCGUCAGACAGUACAUCGACCAGACCUUCGAGACGCACUCGGAUGUCAAGACGUGGUCGGCGAUCAAG